GGCUGAGCCAUAGGGGGAGGAGGCAUCUUGCUUCUCUCAUAAAGCCUGUGUAUGUCAGAAGAUAACCACAUCGGGACUGAGAGGCAGAGGAGAGGGAGCGCGCUGCCGGACGGAAAGAGAGAGAGAGAAGAGAGAGAAAGAGAGAGGGAGAGAGAGAGAGGGGGUCAGGAACAGUGAAUGAGUGAAGAAUAGACAGAGCAUUGUGUCGCCGGCCAAGACAGAACCCAUGUCCGGACAAAGAGAGAUGAAAGAGCGGAACCCCUGGCACACGCCCCUCACCAUCUUCAUCGCUGUCGUCGGCGUCAUAGCCAUCGUUGCCCUGGUGACCGUCGCUGUGCUGCAGAACAAGCCUCUCAUCCCCAAGUAUAAGUAUGGGAUCGUACUGGACGCUGGCUCCUCCCACACGGCCAUGUACAUUUACGAGUGGCCCGCGGAGAAGGACAACAACACAGGGAGGGUAGAGCAGACCCAUUCCUGCAAAGUCAAAGGUCCUGGCAUCUCAAGUUACGCGUCAGAUCCUAAAAAGGCGGGUCAGUCUCUGCAGGUGUGUAUGAAGGAGGCCGAGAGGUUUGUGCCCAGUGAGAGACACGAGGAAACGCCGCUGUACCUGGGCGCCACGGCCGGGAUGAGACUGCUCAAUAUUGAGAACAGCACAGCUUCAGAUCAGGUGUUCCAGGCUGUGUCGGAGAGUCUGCAGAAGAGCCCGUUCUCGUUCCAGGGAGCGCGGAUCCUCAGCGGACAGGAAGAGGGCGCCUUCGGGUGGGUCACCGUCAACUACCUGGACGACCGACUCAAACAGGGGCUGGAGACCACAGGAGCGCUGGACCUGGGCGGCGCGUCCACUCAGAUCAGUUUUGUCUCGGACGCUUUCGACGGCUCGGAAUCUCCCAACAAUUCUGUCAAUUUCCGUCUCUAUGGCAACGACUACAACCUGUACACCCACAGCUUCCUCUGCUACGGAAAAGACCAGGUCCUCCGCAUGGCCCUCGCUCACCAGACAAAGUCAGGCCCAGGAUCCAUUUCGGACCCGUGCUUCCACAACGGUUACAGCGAGUCAAAGAACUACAUGACUUUAUACAACUCUCCGUGUGUGUCUAAACGCAAGCCCGUCUCAUCCCCCGCCGACUUCACUCAUGUGGGAAAAGGAAACUUCUACCAGUGUCAGGAGCUCGUCAAAAGUGUCUUUGACUUCACACAGUGCAAGUACACGCAGUGCUCCUUCAACGGGGUCUACCAGCCAACACUGCAGGGGCCCUUUGGAGCCUUCUCUGCGUAUUACUUCGUGAUGAACUUCCUGAACCUGACUGAUACUUCUGUGCCGCUGCAGAGUGUGAAAGAGGCUCUGGCUCGUUACUGCUCCACGCCCUGGGAAACGAUAAAAAAGCAGCAUCCUGGCAUUAAGCUGAAGUACCUGGCGGAGUACUGUUUCUCGGGCACGUACAUCCUCACUCUGCUCACCGAAGGAUACAACUUCACCUCAGAGACGUUCUCCAAAAUCAGGUUCAUUAAACAGAUUAAAGGCAGUGACGCCGGCUGGACUCUGGGUUAUAUGUUAAACUUGACAAACAUGAUCCCGGCUGAAGCUCCGGACACGCCGCUCCUGCCUCACGCGGGAUACGUCUCCGUCAUCACCGUCAUCGCUCUGGUCCUCUUCCUCCUCUUCGUCCUCAGUCUCCGCCCCCUUUGGCCUCGCUGCUCCCAAAAACCUCAGAUCGUAUAAAACCACUACUGUACACUGUAAAAUCAAACGAGUUAGCUUUACUUAAAAACACUAAGUUGGCGAUUGGCAUAUUUUUGUUUUAUUCUUACUCAUUAGUUUCAAUUUAUCUCAGAUGGGUUGACUACAUAAAUUAUUCAGUUGCUGUCGAAUUGUUACAGUAAAAUCAUAUAUAUAUAUAUUUAAUAGACAAACGUUUUUUUUAAAGGGAAUUUUGUUCCAACUUUGUAAGCAACUCAGUACAAAUCUGAAUUUUGAAUCAUAACUGUAGACUGUAUAUAUAAAUGGACAUAGCUAACCUGCUAGUUGCUGCGUGACAAAUAAGAAGUGAUCAUGGGCGCGCUUCUGGCUCCAUCGACUCUGGCUCCAAUUCACUUUCUAUUGAAAAACUGUGGCCCCUCUCUCUGUAACUGCAGCUGUCGGACUCGUCAUUUUGAUCUGAAAAUGUUCGUAUUAACCCGCUCUACAUGAUCCUGAGUUUUUUUUAUUUCACUAUUGUGUCUGUAAAUCAAGAUAUGAAACAUUAGUAACAGACAAAUCACGUGCCUCUUUCCUCAAUUUUGCUCCCGUUAGCAUUAGCAACAGCUUUGAUUGACAGUGUUGCUAAGCGCCCGCUCCCUGCUAAAUCAGCCAGUGUGGGUGGAAAAGGGCGUUACCUUCAACAACCUCGCUCUUUGGUUGCUAUGAUACUCGCAGUCAGAAUUCCAAAUAUGGAACUCUUCUCCAAAUUCGCCGUUAUAACUGCUCUAGCCUCGAUGAGCUUCAUUUGGAGCCGAACGCUGUGGGUGACGUCAAACUCACUUAAUCCACUUCUAUAAACAGUCUAUGAUCCUAACCAGAUAUUUCCAAAGAGUAAAAUUAAUUCAAAAUAAUGACUCAAAGAAACUAUAAAAAAUAUAGUUCAAAUAAAACAAAAAAAGAAUUGGGAAAUAAAGCCACAGUACAUAACUUUUGAGCCAAAAAAUAGACCAAAAUGUUUUUUUGUUUUCAUUUUAGUUGUGUUUAUUGCACUGAAAAACAUGCGUCCUUACUCUGAGAGGGCUUGCAUCUCCACAAACCUGACUCUCUCCUCCUCCUGCUUGUUUCCAUAGAAAUGUAGUUCCUAUGGCUAUAAUAUUCCACAAUAUGGCAUAAAACAUAUCUAUGUUUAUGGAGACUGUUCCAUAGUGUUGUUAUAACUUUCUAUUUCCAGGAAAACAAGCAAGUUUUCAGACAACAGGUUUACAGAAAGUUACAUAUUGUAGCUUUGAUUCAAAUCCUAUAACUUUAUUUAAAAUGUUACGACACCUUUUUUCUCUUAAAAUUGAUACAAAAAUGCCCUGAUUUAUUGAGUUAACCCAUCCUAAAACUGUGUCCGUAGUGAUUUUUAAGUGGAGCUAACGUGUGCAGUUUUACAGUGUGGUCGUCCCUGCAUGUGAGCGCAGUGAAUGGACUUUAUUAUGACAUUCCUCAAAGAAAAGUGUCAAAAUAAAGGCAUUUUAUUUCCAGACUCCAGAAUUCCAAGGUCAAAGUUCAGUGUGCAGCUGCCAGACCAAUCCAGGGACUUUUAUUUUGAAGGACAGUUUGAUCCUGAUUUCACUGAAGGACAUUUGUUCUGUUACGUGUGCGUGUAUGAGAGUGUGGCUGUAAAUAUUGUGUGUACCCAAACCAAUGCAUGUAUGUGUCAUGAAAUACAUAAUAUAAUGUGAAUAAAUAAAGUAAUCCAAGUUUAUAUA